GACCAGCUUUCACGCCAUGAAAUUGCACAUUUUACUAUUGACGGCACUACCCAUGUGCCUGGCUGAAUUUUCAAUUCAGGGGCCUAGCGACGGACACCGACGGGCUCAAGGUCUUAAGUUCAGCGAAGAGAAAGGAAUCGAAUACACAGACGCAAAGGGAGGUGGUCCGGGAGACUUUACCAUUCAAGGCGCGACCGACGGUAAUACUAACUUCAGGAUCCAAGGAGCUACGGACGGGCACUCGAAUUUUCAAAUUCAAGGGCCCUCGGAUGGUGGAUCGGCCACCUACAAUGUACAAGGGCCGAUUGAUCGAUACGGUCAGCCCACAGUCCAGCCCGCAAUCCAACCCGCUUACGAUGCUAAUCAAAUUAAUGCAAAAGCGCUCCAGUACGACGAUCCUAGCGGUUACAGGGUAAACUGGAGAUCGUACGAUCGUCAACCACGGCCGCAAGCUCAGGCGGAACCGCAAUACGCGCAAGCAGCGGCGCCGAUUCCGCGAGCCUCGCCCCGACAAAGAGUUCAUCGACCGCAACCGCAACCGCAACCGCAACAACAACAACAACCGGAAGCAGUGCCGAAUUACAGGCCUUACUCUAACGCACCGCCGCAGAUCCAACAACUGCUCCAAUUCCAGCAACAAAUUCCGUACAUCAAUAUAAUUCCGGAACCUUACAGGUACGAAACAAUAAGGACAUCGAAGGCCGCCAUACGGGCUCAGUCUCAGCAGGUCCAGGAACAUCUCCGAAAGUUGGCUCAAGAAGCGGCAGCCGCGCCUCCACCUGAGCCCGUGAUCCGUGGAUCACCUCGUCAAAAGUCACGCGGCCACUCCAGAAGCAAACGUCAGGCUGAACAGCAACAUCAGCAACCGCAAUAUCGCAGGGUAUCCCAACCGCCGGCAGAGCCGCAGAUUCAGUACUCGCCCAAUCUGCCGUCUCAAUUGCGCGACCUGCUGAAAUUCCAGGCGCAAACGCCAUACAACAUCUUUGCCAACCAGGUCACGUACCGUGCGGGAGAGCCAUACGUGCCGCAUCGCGCGGAAGCGCAGCAGCAGCAGCAGCAGCAGUUGCAACAACAACCGCUGCAGCAAGCGCAAUACCAAGGUCAGGGUGGCGCCUACGACGGUCAGGCUAGCGCGUACACGCAGGCCCGCAUACAGCCCGCGUAUGACCAGAACCAGCAGUAUCAGCAACUCGGUUAUAAUCAGCAACUCGGCUAUAAUCAGCAGCAGCCUGGCUUUUUGAUCCUCUUCGUGGCACCCGUGCUGGGAACGGAAUUCCACAGCCACAUCCGGGAACGUAGACAAGCACAGCAAGGCAAUUACCGAGCUUACAAUCAAGCACCGGCAGCGAUCAAGCAGAUAUUGGCCGCGCAGCAGUAUCGCGAUCCGAUUGUUCACCUUCCGCCGCAACCGGUGCCAAACUUGGCGCCUUCGAGACCCAUUGAGCCUCAAUAUUUGCAGCAAAAUCAGCUGACUCAGUAUCGACCGCAAGUACAAGUAGGUCAGGCGCCUCAGCAGCCAACCUAUAAGCAGAUUCCCGUACGACCAGCUCAAUAUAAUCCGCCACCCGGCGCUCAACGACCACAACAACAAUACAACCCGCAAUAUCGCUCCAAUUAUGCGCCGCAACCGCAACCGCAACCGCAACCGCAGCAGCAGCAAGCCAGCCAGCCUAAUUAUCAGUAUUCCAGAAAUCUGCCGCCACAGCUUCAGCAGCUUUUGCAAAUCCAGCAAAAUCUGCCCACUGCCAAUGCGAUUCCACAAGGACAACGUCAGGGAUAAUCUGUUCAGAGGGCACUGGGACGACGAUAUCUAUAAGGCAUCGGUCUCCUUUUUCGUAAAAACAUCCAUUCUUUACAUAUCAUUUCAUCCAUUGCAUUCAUCAGAUUUUACCAUUGAUGAAUUCGUAACCUAUUCGUAAUCCUCGUUGAAACGCGAGGAUACUAGUGGCUGUUUAUUUUUCCUUUCGUAAAUAUUUUAUUAUAAACAUCUUUACGUUAAU